AUGGCAUCCGCCAACGAAAGCUUCGUCUACACCGCCAAGCUCGCCGAACAAGCCGAACGCUACGAAGAAAUGGUUGAAGCGAUGAAGAAAGUUGCUAAGCUUGACGUUGAAUUGACGGUUGAAGAGCGUAAUCUUCUGUCUGUUGCGUAUAUGAAUGUUGUGGGAGGACGUAGGGCCUCGUGGAGGAUUCUUUCGUUGAUUGAGCAAAGAAAGGAAACGAUGUGA